ACGAGGUUGAGACAGUAUAAGAACUACGAGAGCCUUUCUGGUUCUCGUGAAGGGAUGGAAAAGGAGUGCUUGCAAGUAGAGAAGGGAAAUGCCUUCUAUGACUUUCAGUUUAACACGAGGCUUGUCAAGUCUACAAUUGUGCACUUUCAGGUAGAGAAUCUGCUCAUUACCUUCUGUUAUUUUUACUAUUGAUCUUCUGUUUGUUGCAAUUUCCUUCCCUUGUUAAGGCAUCGCACUGCAUUCUUUGGGUUGACGUUUCCACUUUAGGAGAAGUCUGGUCAAGAUGAUUCGUUUUUUUUUUUUUUAACAUAGAAUGAGUCCACUUGUUCAAUGUUUUGAACGCUUAUCAAUUUUAGUUUCCUUCUGCAUACAGCUUUUCUCCGUUCUUUCUUUUUUCGUAGUGGUUUAGAUGUACUUGCAGUUGAUCAGAGACGUGAUAUAUUCAGAGUCCCUCCCCCCCUCCCCCUCCUUUCAAAUUAUAUGUUAGUUUUGUUAUCUAGAGCUGUUUGCCGCCUUCAACUUGUCAUCCUUUGCUAAUGGUUUGAACUUCAAUUAUUUGCAUAUUGCAGUCUCACAGUUUUGCAGUUCCUGUUGUCGUUUUAUUACAUUUUAUCCUUGCUAUUUAAUUUAUAAUAGCUCUGUGCCUGAACCUUUCAUUGGAGGCACAGAGUUUGCAGCUACUCUGUGAGACCUUAGGCUUCUAUUUAUCCCUUUGUUUGUAGUUAACUUGGCAGCAGCCAGCUAAUUUUAGAGUGAUACGUUGUAGAUAUCUAUUAGGUUUAGCGACGCCAUAUUUUCAUUCCAAUUUGACUUGAAAAUUUUGUUGUCAACUUUUUCUUGUUCUUCUAUUAAUUUCAGAUUUUUUAUGUACCCCACUUGAGGCAUCAAGAUGGGGUUUGUAUUCACAUGAAUCCUUUUUGUGCAGAUUUGCGAAGGAUGCUUUAGUUUAUAACUUGCCCAUGCUAACAGUUAUACCAAUUGUAAAAAUUUAAAAGCGCAAUAUUUGCAGAGGUACCAUCGUGAUUAUGGAUAUCGAUGCUUCAUGUCUGUGGUUGGGAGUCAUUUUUGAGCAGCUGGCGCGGUAAAGAUGCAUUAUUUUUAUGGUAUGACAGGAAGCAUUUUAGAGGGCCCUUGUAGCGAUGCAACUGAGGAAUCUGUUGUGGGCUACAUCAAAGCACGAUGUGUACCUCAUGCAAAACUACUCGGUAAUGCAUUGGUCAUCACUGCUACGCAAGGGCAAAGAAGUGCUGAAUGUGGCUAAGCCAAUUGUUCCCAACCUGAAACGACAAUCUCAGCAACUCUCUAGGGUGCAGAUUAGCACCAUGGCAGUUAAAGAAAAUUUAAUGGUGGCUGGUGGUUUUCAGGGGGAGCUUAUUUGCAAGUAUAUAAAUCAACCGGGGGUGGCAUUCUCCACAAAAGUAACCACUGAUGAUAAUGCAAUCACUAAUGCGGUGGAUGUGUAUCUCAAUCCUAGUGGUGCAAUGAGAGUUAUGGCUGCAAAUAACGAUGCUCAAAUCAGAGUUUUUGAUGCCGAAACUUUUUCAACCCUCAACCGGUUCUCAUUCGACUGGUCUGUAAAUAAUACCUCUGUUAGUCCAGACGGGAAGUUGCUUGCAGUCCUUGGAGACAGUACCGACUGCCUAAUUGCCGAUGCUCAGUCUGGCAAAGUCACUGGCACCCUAGAAGGACAUUUGGACUAUUCUUUUGCUUCAGCUUGGCACCCUGAUGGGAACAUUCUUGCUACUGGGAAUCAGGACACAACUUGCAGAUUGUGGGAUGUAAGAAAACCAUCCCAGUCCCUAGCUGUAUUGAAGGGAAGAAUGGGAGCAAUUAGAGCUCUCAAGUUCACAUCAGAUGGUCGAUUUCUUGCCAUGGCUGAGCCAGCUGACUUCGUUCAUGUCUUCGACACCAAGUCCGGGUAUGUGAAGUGCCAGGAAAUUGACUUUUUUGGUGAGGUUGCUGGAAUAUCCUUUAGCCCAGAUACAGAAUCGCUCUUCGUUGGUGUUGCUGAUCGCACUUAUGGCAGCUUGUUAGAGUUCAACCGCAGGCGACAUAACCAGUAUUUGUAUUCCAUAUUGUAAAACCUAAGGUGAAGCCAAUAUCUAUAGAGACGAAUGAUUGUGAAUAUUUAAGGGAUGGGUUAAAAAUGGCCUGGGAUGAUUGGGUUCUAUUAUAUAACUUUCCGGGCUAGAGUACAAAUUUAGUGUUUGUUUAGGUUGUUUUUGUGGAGCUUCAAUUUUUUUACUACCAAAAAUGAAUUCAAAAUUUUGCUCAUGUAAAGUUGUUAGCAAUCGUGUGUAAGGAAAUGUUGGCUAUAAUUUAAUUAUCCAAAGCUUAUCUUGCAAUUUUUAGAUAA